UCAUCAAGUUGAGGCAAAACAUGACAGCAUAGAUGCAUUAUAAUAAUAUCGAGCGGCAUACACGGCCAGGGCAUUUGGGGACCCGCCUGUGAACAUGCACGACACGCUACUGGUCACUGACUUGCCGACCGACAAAGUCGCGCGGCCAGAAGCUUGUUCCUAAGCUAGCUCUACACUGACAGCUUACUCCAAACAUUGCACCCUCUCUGCUGCAAGACGAACACUACCGGCUUCAUGAAGGGCCCAGCCGUGAAAGCUGCAUGCGUGGCUUUCCUUGCGGGCACCGGCCUCGCAGCCACGUUCUUGCUCGCUCGACGAAAAGGCUUGCUAUGGAUACUGCGCCGCAAAAGUAACUGUAAACCCAAGGACAAGUCAUGCAACGCGAAAAGUAGCAUCGCGACUGCUUCAUCAUCGACUGCCGCGGUGCCCUCGCGCGAUGACCUGCAGCCGACAAACUCCGCCGAUGCGGCCGCUGACGCGCCCUCCAGCAGCGGCGGGCCCACCAGCCCUAGCGGCGAGCUCGCUCUGGCCCCCAACGACAAGUCCAGCUCGGGCCGCUCCGACGCCUCCACGGGCAGUUGCGCCUCCUCUGCCAGCUCAGGCAACACGGCGGCCGGCAGCCUCAGCGGCACGUGCCUCGCCGCCUUCCGUGGGGACAACGCCGCCGCGUGCAGCGCCACCACCGCUGACACCAUCGCCGACGCCAUCGCUUUCCCCGACAAUGCCAAGGAGGCACAGAUGGACACCAUAGAGCGCACGAAGGCGUCCUGCAUGGGUGACGAGGAGGCCAAGGCCUUUGUCGCACAGCACGGCCUUAGGAGCUGCGUCCCCGGCCGCGCGCUGGGGAAGGGCGGUGCCGGCCACGUCGAUCUGGUGGAAGUCACCCUGCCUGACGGCACCAUCCUCAAGGCCGCGCGCAAGACGAUACUGCUUGGUCCGGGCAGAAACGGCAAGGCCAUCAUGCGUAGCAUUCUGUAUCAGGAGCUGGCAGGGCUGACAGCUGCCGCGGGCUGCGAGCACGCGGUGCAGUGCCUGGGCUACCGGCUGCCGACUGAUGACGACGAGACGGCGGAGCUGCUGCUGAGCUUUGCGGACGGCGGCUCCGUAGAGGACCUGCUGAGAGCACUAACGUGGGCGCACCGUGCACGCAUUGCCAACGCGCCGGAGGGCAGGAGGCGCACCGGCAAGAACAAGGACAAGUACGAGAUGCUGCCGUACCCCGGCAACACGCUCAUGGAUGAGGCCGACCUGAAGGGCAUGCUGCGUGCCAUGGCGCUCUUCAUCAAGCACCUGAACGCUCGCGGCUACAUGCACUUUGACCUGAAGCCCGCCAACCUGCUGUACGACAUCGCGCCUGAUGGCAGCAAGGUCUUCCGCGUGUGCGACUUCAACCUGGCAGUCAAGACCGACAGCAAUGGCUGCGUGGAGCGCGCGCCGGGCGGCAGCCGCGGCUUCUGGGCGUGGGAGACGUACUGCCAACUUAUGGGCCUGGAGCAGAAGCACCCCAUCACCAUGGCCGCUGACGUGGCCUCCAUGGGGCUGGUGCUGGCGGACGCCGCCGGGCUGCACGGCCUGGCGGGCGGGACUCAGGCCUACCUGGAGUAUGAGCGCGACCUGCCCCGCCGCAUGCCGCCUGCGCUCAAGGAGCUGAUCGAGUGGAUGGUGGCGGAGGACCCCGCCGCACGCCCCACUCCGGACCAGAUCCUGGCGCACCCGUGGCUGACGGAGCCAUGACCGGCCCAGCGUGGCGGUGUUGGAUGUCAAGUAGCUGUGAUGAGACGGGGGGCAAGGGCGGUGGGGCAUGCACGGCAUGGCAUGAUUGCAUGGCACAGAUGGCAGGCCAUGGUGCGUCGCUAGGACGAUUGGGGUUGCAUUGAGACCAGUGGGCUCAACUGGGGGCGGCAUGCACCGAAAGCAGCUGCCAGGGUAUGGCACGUGACAGGAAAAUGGGGCUUUCAGCCUUUAUCUAAUGGCAGUGGGCGCAUGUUGGUGGGUCCGCGUUUGCGUUGUGUGUGCAGUGCUCACCUGGGCUCUGCGUGCGUGUGACCGGUUGAACCUGCAUGUUGCAUUUCCGGCAUAAAGUAGCACCUGUUGCAUUAGCAUUUCCGGCAUGAAGUAGCACCUGUUGCAUUAGCAUUGCAGUGUGCAUGUGCGUUCCUUGCGGGGUAGGACUGUCUGCUUGAGCUGUAGCACUUGAUGUGGUGCUGAAUGCCGUGCCGCAAACUCACCAACGACAUGGUCGGGGGUGUUGGGUGAAUGGCGGGUGUGAAGCUGUGAACAUGUAGGGGGGGUGGAUAUGGUUCGCGACUUCGGGAUUUUAGAAGCGGAUAGUGGGUCGCUUGGCAUCAGGGGAGGCUCCCCUGCUUGGCAUGGCUUGCUUGCAUAUAAGUUUCAUGCCUUGGCGUGGCGUGACUUAGCCGAAGCGGCUUGCGGUACGUACCGGCAGUCUUAAGCCCUCAAGGUUUCAGCUCACGUGUAAGCAGGUGCGUCU